AUAAAUGGCGACUUGAGAGCAAAAAUGAAACGAAUCUCUUAAAACAUUAAAAUUGCUUUGGUGUUCCUGUAGAUAUUCGCUUAAGAUCUACUCAGGCCCCCAUAUUUACAUUUCCAAAGCAUUCAUGUUGUCAAGUAGCUUACAGACUCCCACCCUAUCUUGCUCCAGUUUUCCCGUUGUCAUGGAGACACCACAUAACAGCUCUCCCAAGUUGCCAGAAGCACUGUGCUCUAAUAUCUCGAAAGGAACAAAUUAAUGGAGUUCAUUGGGAGCAGCUAUGAAGGGGAACAGAAAUAUGGAAGAAUGGAUGGAAAAGGGAGGUAUACUUUUCCAAAUGAGACCCAGUAUGUGGGCGAGAUGAAAAAUGGGAUGUUUCAUGGUAAGGGCAUGUUGUACUUUUCAAAUGGAAGUAAAUAUGAAGCCACUUGGGAAAACGGCAUAUCUAAACAGGGAGUUUUCACGUUUGCUGAUGGGCUACUCUAUCAGGAGAAAGAGUGGGACUACUGUGAUGGUUAUGACCGGCGCUUUUACUCUGAAAGGUGUAAUGGGCUCAGACCUGCAGGAGAAUCCCAACUGACUGAUCAUCAUCCUCCACGUGUCAUUCCCGAUGGCUGUUAUGAUUGUGGUGAUGGAUUCUAUGACCCCUCCACCAGAGUGGUCACCUCAUACACAAGCAGAUUCCUGAGGAAUGCAGAAGACCGUGAGCAUGCGUGGAUCGUACGGACAUGUAGGACAGCCUGGGAGGAAGAAUGCAUUGGAUCCAAUAAUGAGGUCAGCAGCCUCGUGAAAUAAAUAACUCUAUGAAUAUAUGCAAGUACACUUUUCUACUAGGUGGAUUCAUAAGAUUGUUUGGUAAAUGUUUUGAUUGUUUUAAGACAUUUGGGUACUGCCCAAAUAUUAUUUUUCCACACAUGAUUUUCACUUACAGUGACUGAAAAACAACAGUGGUACUUUAUCCAGAAAUUACACCCCAG